ACCCGAUGGAGCUUCUGCCGAAUUUGAGAUGUGGAAGCAGUACUAUGCCAUCUCCGGUACCUGGAGAGGAGGUGAGAAGGAGGGUGCCAAAGUCAGCAUCAGUCAGACCAGACCCGUCACUCUUGGCGCAAAGGCAAACGAUGAUAGCCCCAUCAACGGUACCACUCUCAACUUGGUUGUGAUCGAUAAAGUCACACCCAGCUUCGACAAGGUUGACCCCGAAGCGACUUCUUAUAACAAUGCCUAUGAGGUGGUCACCGGGAAUGACUUCACUCUAGCCGACGCCAAUGACAACAACUUCUUCAUCGGACUUGCCAGCUCUCCCGAUGGCUCAAAGAGCUCUCCCACGGCCACUUUUAAGCCCGAACCUGGUAACUCGUACCAGAUCGAGCCCGUCAAUACUUACUAUAUCACCUAUGGAGGCACUUUUGCCGUCGGGGAGCUUCUCAACGUAGCCAAGUUGUCCAAGAAGCCAUUGGCCAUUGACUUCACCACCCACAAAGCCGAUGUCGCCGUCAACCACAAUGCUGAUGGCACUUUCGUCAUUGUCAAAUAAGGAGUAUGCGAUGUUAUCGGACGUACUGUCCGGAUGUUGAGUGAAUCGAAUUAAGGAGACCGAGAUCAAUCUGAACGUACCGGUCAGGUGUUACAAUAAAUUUUGGGAGUUUUAGGUAGAUCCUAAUCAAACUAUGCUUUCCAAAACGUCGGG